AUGAGCACAGGGGACGCUGCCAACAUGACAUCUCCUACCUCACCUCUCCUUGGGCUGCUGGUUUCAACCACUGAGCUGGUCCCACUCAUUACCGCAUCCCCCGAGAGGGGAGACCCACUGCCCAUCAUCAUUGCCCUGGUCUGCAUCUUCCUCCUCCUGGCAACCUUCCUCAUCUUUGUAACCCUCUGCAAGCCAUUGGCUCUGGACCAGUCCCACUCUGGGCCCCAUGAGUGUAUGCCCCAUCACCCGGCAGAUGCCAGCGAGCCCCAGCUGAGGCUCUGGAAGCGGCUUGGUUCCCUGCGCCGCUCCAUCAACACUUUCAGAAGGAGUUGGCUGGUGUCCCCGAGCCAGCUCGCCUGCCCCAGGAACCUCCCAGCCAGCCAGGACUGGGAUAUCAUGGAGUGCACCAAAAUGUGA